GAUGACGCUAGGUUGUCGGGCCAAACCCAAACAGCAAGGCCGAGCUCGUUUCAAAGGGCGGGCGCCAGCUCCCCUGCCCGCUCUCACUGUGAGUACCUCAGGUACCUACAGUACCUACGUAACCUCGGGGGCUGGCUGAGCUACCUUACCUACCUACAUCUUGAGCUCUAAGCUCUCUUUCCUUCUUCCCACAUCCCAUCUCAUCUCUUCUCUCCUUUCAUCCAUCAAUCACACUCCGGUUCGAUUGGGUUGUUCGACCAAUCCGCCCUUUCUCUUAUUCCACCACGUUUCAGGCUCCGGAAAAAGUGAUUUAUUGACUUGCAGUGCGAGUCACCCGAUUCGGAGCAAGCUAUCCAUAAGUCAACUCGCAACCCCGACAGCCAUCAAUCAUGAGGAUAGCUACAUCCACGCUGCUAGUCGGCGCCGCAUCGGCAGCCUUCGCGCCCCAGGAUGGCACCCAGCGUGUGCUCAAUGGCUUCGACUCGAUCAAGUCGGCCGCCCACUCUAUCCAGAAGCCACUCCAGACGUUCGAGGAGGCCAUGGCCAGCAUGACGUCCGAGGCCAAAGCCAACUGGGACCACCUUAAGCUGCUCGUCCCCGACGCCGAGGAGCAGGCCAAGACCUUCUUCCCCAAGAAGCCCAAGCCUGCCAGCCGUAAGCCCGACAGUGCUUGGGAUCACAUCGUCAAGGGCGCCGACAUUCAGGCCAUGUGGGUCGAGGGUGCCACCCCUGAAGAAACGCACCGCAAGAUUGACGGCAAGCUUGACAACUACAACCUCCGUGCCCGGUCUGUUGACCCGUCCAAGCUGGGCGUCGACACCGUGAAGCAGUACAGCGGUUACCUCGAUGACGAGGCCAACGACAAGCAUCUCUUCUACUGGUUCUUCGAGUCGAGGAAUGACCCCAAGAACGACCCCGUCGUGCUUUGGCUCAACGGUGGCCCGGGCUGCUCGUCGCUCACUGGUCUGCUCUUUGAGCUUGGCCCCGGUGCGAUCAACGCCAAGAUCGAAAUCGUCCACAACCCAUACGCAUGGAACAACAACGCUUCAGUCAUCUUCCUUGACCAGCCCGUCAACGUCGGCUACUCGUACUCGGGUGGCUCCGUCAGCAAUACUGUGGCCGCCGGCAAGGACAUCUACGCUCUCUUGACUCUCUUUUUCCACCAGUUCCCCGAGUAUGCGAAGCAGGACUUCCACAUCGCCGGCGAGUCGUACGCUGGUCACUACAUUCCCGUCUUUGCUUCGGAAAUUCUGUCUCACAAGAAGCGCAACAUCAACCUCAAGUCAGUUCUCAUUGGCAACGGCUUGACGGAUGGCCUUACCCAGUACGAGUACUACCGUCCCAUGGCCUGUGGCGAGGGCGGCUGGAAGGCCGUUCUCAGCGAGUCUGAGUGCCAGGCAAUGGACAACGCCCUGCCCCGAUGCCAGUCCAUGAUCCAGAACUGCUACGACAGCGGCAGCGUUUGGUCGUGCGUCCCCGCAUCCAUCUACUGCAACAACGCCAUGAUCGGCCCCUACCAGCGCACCGGCCGCAAUGUCUACGACAUCCGUGGCCCCUGCAAGGACAGCGGAAACCUGUGCUACCCUGAGCUUGGCUACAUCUCUGAAUACUUGAACCGCCGUGAAGUCAUGGAGGCUCUCGGCGCCGAGGUCAGCUCGUACGACUCGUGCAACUUUGACAUCAACCGCAACUUCCUUUUCCAGGGCGACUGGAUGCAGCCAUACCACCGUCUUGUGCCCGAGCUCCUCAACCAGAUCCCUGUUCUCAUCUACGCUGGCGAUGCCGACUUCAUCUGCAACUGGCUCGGUAACCAGGGUUGGACCGAGGCUCUCGAGUGGAAGGGCAAGAAGGACUACAACCGCGCCGACUACAGCCCCCUGACCCUUGCCUCGGCCCACGACGUCAAGCCCUACGGCAAGGUUAAGUCGAGUGGCAACUUCACCUUCAUGAAGAUCUUUGAGGCCGGCCACAUGGUUCCGUACGACCAGGCCGAGCCAUCCGUUGACUUUGUCAACAGGUGGUUGGCCGGCGAGUGGUUUGCUGCUUGAAUGAGGAUGACGAUGUAAAGGGGGAUAUUUUUGUCUCUUGUGUUUUCUUGCUCGAAGUAGUUGAUUCGAAUUUGAGAGUUCGGCAUUGUUAUUAGCAGUCAUUGCUCCUCAUUCCUGUCUACUGUCAAAGUCUAAGUUGGCCAAGAUCGGAAUGGGAAAUUGAUGCUUAAAAUGUGCUUUGGAUUGCAAACAUUGGUAUAAAUGGCACAGCUUUCUAUCCCUAAAGAGUGUACACUCCCCUAGAUUGUAUUCUUAAUUCAAGUUAGUCCAAGACAAUUUGCAAAGGAAACCAGCCGCAGACAUGACCAAAGACGCAUUACCCAAUGUUGGCAUCCCAUAUUAGCAUAGUAGUAUGCGUAUUAAAAGCCGUGCGUGGCCAUUGAAAGAACUCCAUGAGCAGCCCG